AUGGCAGAUUCCUGGAUCGCAGAAACCACUUUCCACAUCAGCCUGCAUCUCAUGGCUUCGUUGGACAACGGGAAUCUGGAAUUCCAGGACCCCUUCUUCUCCCUCCCCGCCUUCGGGUGCUUCUUCUCUGACAGUGCAGCGGCAGCCGCUGGGUACCACUACUCCAACCCUCAAGCACUCGCAGGCGAGAAGCACGCGCGGGAAACGCUUGAGAGCGAAACAUUAGAGACCGGAACGCUUGAGCAGCAGACGCAUGAGGAGAGGCAGAGGCAUGAGAAUCUCGAGAGGGAGAUGCACGCGAGGGAGAGGCAUGAGAGGGAGACGCAUGAAAGGGAGACGCGUGAGAGGGAGAGUCGGUCGUCAAUGUCGAACAAGAAGAGCCGCCUGAGACAGCAGUCAGCCAUUCUGCAGCGACGAGGACGCAAUGCGGACGCCGCUCGAGACCUCCCUCCUCCUGCCACUGCUGCAACUGCCAACACGGCUGCCACUGCCGGCACUCAGGGCGGGUCUGGCAGUCUAAGUGGUGCUGUCCCUCCAGCGACUGAGGGGAAGGCUGCAACAAGGCAGCGGGGAGGCACCGUGAGCAGCCAGAGGAGCUCCAUCUACCGCGGAGUCACAAGGCACCGCUGGACUGGACGCUAUGAGGCUCACCUGUGGGAUAACUCGUGCCCCAAGGAGGGCACCAACAAGCGAGGCCGCCAAGUGAUACAUCAACUUCCAUUCCAUCUAGAAGAUCUCUUUCAGCAAAAUGAAUGUGACGAGGCUCGCCGUGUUGCAAGUGCAGGAGGGUAUGACGAUGAUGAAACGGCUGCGCGGGCGUACGACCUUGCUGCUCUCAAGUACUGGGGCCCCACCGCUGCUACCAACUUCCCUGUUGAGAACUACGAGAGGGAGUUGAGAGAGAUGGAGGGGGUUUCCAAGUACGAGUAUGUCGCUUCCAUCCGCAGGAAGAGCUGUGGAUUCUCCAGAGGGGCUUCCAAGUACCGCGGAGUCACCAGGCACCAUCAGCACGGGCGGUGGGAGGCGCGCAUAGGGCGAGUCAUGGGCAACAAGUACCUCUACCUGGGGACGUUUGCCACGCAGGAGGAGGCAGCAGAGGCAUACGACAUAGCAGCAGUGAAGUACCGAGGGCUCAAUGCAGUUACCAACUUUGACCUCAGCCGCUACAUCGAUGGGCUCAGCUCUCAAGCGGAUGACCCUCAACUAGCGGAGGUGCCAUUGUACAGCCAGCAGAGCAUAGAGGUGGACCAGCAGCAUCACGAUGGACAGCCGCUCCCAAGCUUUGCUGCUUGGUACGACGACCUCAGCUCCGACAUUGGUUAG